AUGGUUGUCCAUAUUAUUCCUGAUCUGUUGAGUGCGAAAACUCAUGAGCUGAUUCUCAAGAACAAGGUUGAGGAGCUCGACAGGGAGAUGGGACUUACCCUUACACAAAAAGAAUCUGGAAGGCAUGUUAGAAUGUUGACCCAUGAGAUUAGGAGCACUCUUGACCAGUAUACCAUUUUGAAGACUACACUUGUUGAAUUGGGAAGGACUCUGAGCUUGGAAGGAUGCGUGCCAUCAAAAAGUGGUAUUAUAAGAUAUCCAACAUGUCUAAGAUAUGUUGAAGAUCUUGUCAAAGGAAAAGAGAUUCUUCUAGCACAGAGAGAAAGCAUACAUGAUCAUGUCACAAAAGCCAAACAAGAAGCUCAAAAGAUUGAUAUUCUUGUUACGAAGUGGUUGGAUGAGGCAAACACUCUUGUAGUUGAUGCAGUGUUGUUGGAAGAGAAGGCCAAGGCAAACAAGAGUUGCACCAAAUCAUCAUAUGGAGAACUUCUGAAGGCAUUGAAAGAUGAUGAUGUUUCAAUGAUUGGAUUGUAUGGAAUGGGUGGUUGUGGCAAAACCACCUUAGCAAAACAAGUCAGUAAAGCGACAAAGGAUCUUUUCAAUAGAAUUGUCUUUGUUGUUAUAUCUAGUUCUGUUGAUGUUUCAAGAUUCUCUUGCAAGUCAACUAGGUCUGUUAACUUGCAUCUAUUGAAUGAAGAAGAGGCAUGGAGAUUGUUCCAAUAUCAUGCCAAGAUUACUAAUCUAACCCUUGAAAGAAUGAGAGAUUUAGCAAAGCAAAUCACAUACAAGUGCAAAGGAUUGGCUAUUGCAAUAGCAAAAGUCGCCUGCACUUUGAAGGAUAAAGGUAUUAUUGAAUUGGAAGAAGCUUUAAAAACAUUAAGAGAUUCUGAUUGGAUGAAUAUCAUAGAAGGUCUUCGAGAUCCAUACAAGUGCUUGAUGUUAAGUUAUCAAAACUUAAAUGAUGAAUAUGCCAAGUUGGUUUUUUUGCUGUGUGCUGUAUUUCCAGAAGAUUCUGAAAUUUAUGAAGAACAUUUAGCAAGAUAUGGGAUUGGGUUAGGCUUUUUCAAGAGCCUGAAUUCGUUUAGAAGAGCAAGGAAACCAUUUCAUAUUUCUAAAGAAAAGGUCAUUGAUUCUUGCUUAUUGAUGAGAGUAGAUAAUGGGAAUUGUGUGAAGAUGCAUUACUUGGUCCGUGUUGUAGCCUUAUAG